AUGAAGCAUAACGUUCCGAUUGCAGCGAAAUCUGCAAUGAAACGGAACUUCCAUAGAAACUCGGAUAUUUUCAUUGCGGAAAGAAUAAUACUUGAGGGAUCAUCUGAAAUGGGUAUUUUACCGAAAGAUGCAAGAGAUAUUUGUGAAAGUUUUGGAGGGAAAAUAGCUACAAACAUAAAAGAAAAUCAGAAACAUUUGGAAGAAGAAAUACUGAAAAACUGUGACAUCAAGUCUUCAUUCUGCCCGAAAUUCUGCAUUUGGGAGGAUCUGAAUGAAAAGAGAGAAGAUCUUGAGUUUCAAAUGAAUCAAGGCGUAUUGAUGACUCAACCGAUUCAUUUAGGAGACAUGUUGCAUUUGAAGUUGGAAAUUGAACCGAACACAGUAGAAGUUUUUCAAAUUUCUGAUUCAAUUCUUGAGGAUAUUCCAGCAAAUAAUAUACAAAAUGUGAUACUACAACUGGCGAUUCAUAAUGAUUAUAACAACGGAAUAGAUACAAAACCUGAGUAUAAAAUGGUUACUGUAGGAAGAGGGACAAUAAAGAAACUUGAGAAGGCGUUCGAAGUGUCACAGGUUACAAAGUUUAACACAUACUUUUUUUUUCGAAUUUCGGCAGUUAAGGAUUUAGCAGAACCCAGUAAGAUUGCUAUUCCGAGUAGAAUCAAUGGAACUGUGGAAUUAAAGCUAGAAUUCACAAAAGGACAAGUGUUGAAAAUCAGUUCACCAGAACUUUUCGGAAACAAUAAUUCGAGAGAAAUGCAGAUUGGAAAACCGAAUGGGAGAAUGUAUUUCAAAAAGUUUUAUGAAAAAGUCAAGAUUUUGAAUGCGUAUCUUACGAGAGGAAGUUGCUCAAAGAAUGAUUUUCACUAUUUUCCAAAAAAUGAAACAGGAGGAUUUGUGAACUGUUUUCAGACUCUGCCAUCGAAGUCGAUUCCCGUAUACAGUUGCCGAAAAGCUAGUUAUGUUGCAUGUGAUGUUAUUUCCGCUAUACCGACGACAACUGAACUCCCAGCAACUCGGAAGAUACGAAAAAAUACGUCUACUGUAGAAUCUGAAACUGUUGAGAAUGCAGAAACAUCAUCAAAUGAGCAUAUAAUGUUUUUCGUGUCGUUAUCUGGAAUUUCCGUCGCAAUGUUAGUGGGGUCACUUGUACUUCAAAUUAUGAAAAUGUGGCAGAAUCGGAAGCUAAUGGUUGCAAAAAAGAAGAAAAACAAGUAA